CAUCUUUUUUUCGGGUAUUUAAAGGGACCAAGAUCAGCUCUUCUCAUCCAUUGCUCAUAACUCCGUUCACUCCGUUUUCUUGCUCUCCGUUUUCUUUUCUUAUUGCAUUCUGCUUUUUCUCCAUUAUUGUCUCCAUUUUGGUCUUCAGCAAGUUAGUUCUUCUGAAUCUGUAAAGGAGGAGGAGAGGAGCCAUGUCUGAUAAUAGAUUUUUGGGCCGCGUUCAUAGCGUUCGUGAGCGGCUUGGAGACACUCUUUCAGCUCACACAAAUGAGUUGCUUGCCCUCUUCUCAAGGUUUGUCAAACAAGGGAAAGGGAUGUUACAACCCCACCAGAUUUUGGCUGAGUAUGAUUCAGUGAUUCCUGAAGCAGAUCGUCAGAAGCUCAAAGAUGGUGUCUUAGAAGAUGUUCUCAAAGCUGCUCAGGAGGCCAUAAUUGUACCUCCAUGGGUGGCACUGGCCAUCCGACCAAGGCCUGGAGUGUGGGAAUAUGUGAGGGUUAAUGUGAGUGAAUUGGCUGUGGAGGAGCUGAGCGUGCCUGAGUACUUACAGUUCAAGGAAGAGCUGGUCGAUGGGAGAUCUCAGAGCAACUUUACUCUAGAGCUGGACUUUGAGCCUUUCAAUGCUUCUUUCCCUCGCCCCUCGCUUUCAAAAUCCAUUGGUAAUGGUGUGCAGUUUCUGAAUCGGCAUCUUUCCUCCAAAUUGUUCCAUGAUAAGGAGAGCCUUUAUCCUCUGCUUAAUUUCCUGAGGCAUCACCAUUACAAUGGAAUGAGUAUGAUGCUGAAUGACAGAAUUCAAAGCUUAAGUGCUCUCCAAGCUGCACUAAGGAAGGCUGAGGGUCAUCUACUGGCCAUCCCACAGGACACCCCUUAUUCAGAGCUUAACCAUAGGUUCCAAGAGCUUGGUUUGGAGAAAGGAUGGGGUGAUACCGCCGAGCGUGUUCAUGAGACCAUUCAUCUUCUCCUUGAUCUUCUUGAGGCACCUGAUCCAUGCACCUUGGAGAACUUCCUUGGUAGAGUUCCCAUGGUGUUUAAUGUUGUUAUCCUAUCUCCUCAUGGCUACUUCGCACAAGCUAAUGUUUUGGGUUAUCCUGACACUGGUGGCCAGGUUGUCUAUAUCUUGGAUCAAGUUCGGGCGUUGGAGAACGAGAUGCUUCUUAGAAUAAAGCAACAGGGACUUGAUAUCACUCCUAGAAUUCUCAUUGUGACCAGAUUGCUGCCAGAUGCAGUAGGAACUACUUGUGGUCAGCACCUUGAGAAGGUUAUUGGUACUGAGCACACACACAUUCUUCGAGUUCCUUUCCGAACCGAGAAAGGAAUUAUUCGGAAAUGGAUAUCGCGUUUUGAAGUGUGGCCUUACCUCGAGACUUAUGCCGAUGAUGUAGCAAACGAGUUGGCUAGAGAGCUUCAGGCGACGCCGGAUCUCAUAAUUGGAAACUAUAGUGAUGGCAAUCUUGUAGCAUCUUUGUUGGCACACAAAUUAGGAGUUACUCAGUGUACAAUCGCCCAUGCUUUGGAAAAAACCAAGUACCCAAAUUCUGAUAUCUAUUGGAAGAAUUUUGAGGAUCAAUAUCAUUUCUCUUGUCAAUUCACUGCUGAUCUUAUUGCCAUGAACCAUGCUGAUUUCAUAAUCACAAGUACAUUCCAAGAGAUUGCUGGAAGCAAGGUUACUGUUGGUCAAUAUGAAUCUCACACUGCUUUCACUCUUCCCGGGCUCUAUCGAGUCGUACAUGGCAUCGAUGUUUUCGAUCCGAAGUUCAACAUUGUGUCCCCUGGUGCUGACAUGUCAAUCUACUUCUCAUAUGCUGAGGAGAGCAAAAGGCUUACAGCCCUUCACCCUGAAAUUGAAGAACUAAUCUUUAGUGAUGUAGAGAACAGCGAGCACAAGUGUGUUUUGAAGGAGAAGAACAAGCCUAUCAUUUUCUCCAUGGCUAGGCUCGAUCGAGUGAAGAAUAUUACUGGCCUCGUUGAGUUCUAUGGUAAGAAUCCUCGAUUGAAGGAGCUUGCUAAUCUUGUGGUGGUUGCUGGGGAUCAUGCCAAGGCAUCCAAAGAUCUCGAGGAACAAGAGGAAAUGAAGAAAAUGUACAGGCUUAUUGAAGAGUACAAGCUUAACGGUCACAUCAGAUGGAUUUCUGCCCAGAUGAACCGAGUCCGCAAUGGUGAACUGUAUCGCUUCAUUGCAGACAAGAAGGGCGUAUUUGUUCAGCCUGCGUUCUAUGAAGCUUUCGGGCUAACUGUUGUGGAGUCUAUGACCUGUGGACUUCCAACGUUUGCCACUGUACAUGGAGGUCCAGGGGAGAUCAUAGUUCAUGGCGUUUCUGGUUUCCACAUUGAUCCUUACCAGGGCGAUAAGGCCGCUGAGCUGCUCGUAAACUUCUUUGAGAAGUGCAAGGAGGAUUCUGCCCACUGGGAGAAGAUCUCCAAUGGAGCCAUAAAGCGAAUCGAGGAGAAAUAUACCUGGAAGCUCUACUCAGAGAGAUUGAUGACUUUAUCUGGUGUUUAUGGCUUCUGGAAGUAUGUUUCUAACCUUGAUAGGCGUGAGACAAAGCGUUAUCUGGAGAUGUUCUACGCACUCAAAUACCGUAAUCUGGCACAGUCUGUUCCUUUGCAUUCAGAUGAAGAGGUGGCUGCCAAUGGCACCAAGUAAAGUUCUGGCUAUUGUGAGUUUCAUUAAAAAUUGUAAGGGUGUCUUUGUAAGUGUUUGGUUUAUAGGGGAUUUAGAGUAAAUUUGUUUUUGCUUUGUGUUUUGAGUUCAGUAUGUUUACAUAAGGCUCAGAUGCCAUAUUUGUAAUGAAAUUUCGAGGCUUUUCUCCUAAUGCAAUUUGGUCGUUUUUAUGGCA